AUGGGCAAUCACGCUGACUGGAGGUCCUGUGUGCGGGCGCACUUCUCGCUAGUACUGCUGCUGCUUCUAGCCCGGUCAUACGGCUCAAGUGCAGCACCAGUUGGGCAACCGUGUGACUUUGAAAAUGGUGACACGACUGGAACAUAUCACCUGAAUUGCACUGCCAAACUGAACAAAACUGUUAACAAUUUCGUGUUUCCCGCUGGGGAGGCAAGGAAAAUGACCAAACUAGACCUGAGUCGAGUGAAACUUGCGGACACACUGAUCAACUUGAGGGAUGAUGCUAUCUUCUAUUCGCUGACAGUUCUGGUAUUACAGCAUUGUGACCUGGCAAAUGUUUCUGGUCUGUUUCGCCAUAUGACAAAACUCACCUCACUAGAUUUGUCUUACAACCGGCUGAGGACACUGCCAGCUGAUCUGCUUCCUGAACCCAGCUCUCUGAAAGUACUGGUAUUACGGCAAUGUGACCUGGCAGAUGUUUCUGGUCUGUUUCGCCAUAUGACAAAACUCACUUCACUAGAUUUGUCUUACAACCGGCUGAGGACACUGCCACCUGAUCUGCUUCCUGAACCCAGCUCUCUGAAAGUACUGGUAUUACAGCAUUGUGACCUGGCAAAUGUUUCUGGUCUGUUUCGCAAUAUGACAAAACUCACCUCACUGUGA